AUCACCGAACCGGAAGGGAUCAUCAAACCCCAGAACGACACUUCCGCACAGCCCUAGGGUUUCUGUUCAGCGACCCCCCGAAUCGAAUCAAGAGGGAGGUGCCAUGGCGUCGCGGCCGUCGCUGAAGCCGAAGCCCAAGGUCAAGGGCGCGAGGAAGGGAUCCCCGGCGGCCGACGAGGAGCAGUCCACGGCUGCGGCGGCGGUGCGGUUCGUCAAGGAGUGGACCACGUGGACCAUGAAGAAGACCAAGGUGGCGGCGCACUACGGCUUCAUCCCGCUCAUCAUCGUCGUCGGCAUGAGAUCCGAGCCGAGGCCCUCCCUCGCCCAGCUCCUCAGCCCGGUCUGAUCUGACGAUCGCCUUCAAGCCCUAGAUGCGAUCGAUCUGCCCCCCUUUACUACCGCUUUAGUAGUGACUUUAGUAAUAGUUCUUUCUUAGAUCGUGCCUUCUGAGCAGUUGAUGCUGCUGUGCGGAUUUAGAGGUUUUUGCUAUAUGAAUCUAAUAAUGUUAUAUGGGUGGAUGCUUCUUUGGAUUAAACUCUUGCUAUUAUUGUGCGGGUCAUGGAUCUGCUAUUAAUACUUCGGUAUGGUAUGGAGAAAUUUUCUGUGUUAUUUGUA